AUGGCGACGGACGGGUUGCAGGCCACGCGGGAGGCGGUGCGGGACGCGAUGCUGCAGGACGCCAGGAUCGAGGAAGCGUGGGCGCUGGAGGCGGCCAUGCGCCAGCCGGAGGAGACAGGGAAGCUGGUGGAGCUGAUCGACAAGCUUCUCUCAGCGUGGGAACCCUGA